GGGUGGUAAAUUAGACAAAGGGCACAGGCUGGAGAAAGGGGGGUCUCCCAGCACACGUGGGGUGGAACCCAAGGGCAGAACACCUCACUUUCAAAAUUGUCUAGACACUGUGGGGAAGAAAAUAGAGAAAAAGAAAACCAGGCCCAGGCCCAGAGGGGGAGGAAGAGCUGUGAACAUCUGGUAAAACCUCGGUGUAGAAGUCCCGGGGCACGGGCGCCGGCCACACCUACCACAUCCUGUGCCUGUCCCUGGACUGCCGGCUCAGUCCCCAUCCGGCUGCCCAGUCCCCGUCUGGCUGCCCCGCAUCGGCCUGCAGAAUCGUGCCAUGCCACCCACACCGGUGGCCCUGCUGUGCCUCGGUGAGUCUCUGGUGGAAGGGCCCCGGGCCAGGUGUGGUGGGCACUGUCCUCAUACUGCCUGCGUUCCAGGGCUGCACCUGAGCCUGAGGACCAGCAUCCAGAGUGAGGUCCUCCCGAGACCCGUCAUCCAGGCCAGGCCCAGCUUCAUGGUUCCAAAGGGACAGUCGGUGACCCUGUGGUGCUGGGGCACCCGGGAGGCUGAGGAAUACCGGCUGCAUUUUGAGGGAGGGGUUGCUGCCCUGAAGAGACCAAGACCACCUGGACUCGUGGACAAAGUCAAGUUCCUCAUCCCCACCAUGACCUCCAGCACAGCAGGGCAAUACCACUGCUUCUACCGCAGAGGGGAGCACUGGUCCGAGCCCAGCAGCUCCCUGGACUUGGUGGUGACAGGAAUGUAUGACACACCCACCCUCUCUGUUCAGCCCGGACCUGAGGUGGCCCUGGGGGACAACGUGACCUUCUUUUGCCACCUAGCGACAGCAACCAGCACUUUCUUUCUGCUCAAAGAAGGGAGGUCAAGCCGCACACAGCGUAGCCUCGGGAGCACACAGGCAGAGUUCCCUGUGGGCCCGGUGACCGUGGCCCACCAGGGGACCUACAGAUGCUUUGGCUCCUACAACAACCACGCGUGGUCCUUCCCCAGCAAUCCGGUGGUGCUCCUGGUGACAGGAGGUGCGGGGAACAGCAGUCUUGCACCCACAGACCCCGCGGAUUCCCCGGAUUCCUGUGACCCCUACCUGGUGACCACAGAGUCGGGGUCCCAGAAAGACCCCACCCGCUGGGACCACACAGCCCAGAACCUCCUCCGGAUGGGCCUGGCGUUCCUGGUGCUGGUGGCUCUGGCGUGGCUCCUGGCUGAAGACUGGCUGGGCAGGAGGAGGGCUGCAGCUGGGAAGGCCGGAGGCCGAGAACGCAGAGCUCCUGAAAGAGGGGCCGAGGGACAGUGCCCACAGGUGGCACUGAAGCUGGCUCCUCGGCCUCAAGCCAUGUGAGCUCGGCCUGACCCCUAGAGGACAGGUCAUCGCAGGAAUUGGGCACCAAGGAGGUGACUGCACAGGGUUUGGCAAGGCAUCCCAGGGGAGGCAGCCAGUGGGGCGGAGACGCUGGACGCCCCCCUAGACCACCCGGAGCUCUCCGCAGGCAGAUGUUCAGGCACCUCGAGAGGACCCAGUGACUUUUUAAAUCUGAGUUUUCUGUGGAAUAUCAGGAGAUGUCAAGUCCGGGCUGACAGACAGCCCAGCCGGAGCUCCGGCGUCACAUUACCCCCGGUGGCCACGAUGCUAUUCUCUGUACCAUGGAGAUGGGGCUGGGACCCGCCCUCUUCACUCCCAGGUCCCCAUUCUGGACCUCCGCUCCUCCGUCCCUGUUGACCAGGUGUUCUAAGGUCCAAGAAUUUCUCAAUUCUUAUCAAACUGCAGUCUCCCCACACCAACUUCAUCCCGAGCUGAGAGGGACUUGUUGGAGUGAGUUUGUGAGACUCGGAUGUUUCAUAUCCUAAUUUACGGCAGGGAGAGACUCUUGGGAAAAUAAGGUACAAGUUUUAUGUCCCGAGGCUUACAUGUGGGCCCUGACCACCAAGGCCUGUGUCCCCUCCAGUCCCACCAAAAUCUCUCCCCAAACCUCACAGGGUGAGCCCAAUUGCCACAGUUGCGUGACGCAUUUUGAAAUCCUGAACAUAUUCUAUAUCCCAGCAGAAAAUGAAGGGUGAGGAGGAAGAGCACCAAAAACCUCUGUUGCCAAGCUAGAUAAUAUUCAAUAAAAUUAAAUUAAAAUUCAAAA